AUGAGUAAUUCCACUGAAAAUAACGAUAUGGUCGACGAGGUUCUAAUUGACAUUGAGGAACACUCGCAGGCUGAGCCCACUGCUAAUGAGUGUUGUAUUUACCGGGUUCCUUUUAAGAUUCGUAGAAUGAAAGCAGAUGAUUACACUCCUCGAUUAAUUUCAAUUGGUCCACUUCACCAUGGUAAAAAAGAAUUAGCUGAUAUGGAAAAUAAGAAAAAAAGAUUUAUGAAAUGCUUUCGUGACGAAACAAAUGACCAGAAACUUGAUGAAAUUUCAACCUUCAUCAAGAACAACGAACGAGGAAUUCGUCAUUCUUAUGCAGAAAUAUCUAAGCUUAACAGUCUUCGUUAUAGAUUGAUGAUUAUGUAUGAUGCCAUCGUCAUCAUAGGGUUUUUCGUAAGGAUAGCAAAGGGUGAUAGAAGUGAUUUACUGCUAGCUAUAGACACACAAGCAUAUACUUUACGCUCGGACCUGCAACUAGUAGAAAAUCAACUUCCGUACUUUGUCCUCGAGAAAAUAUACGAGAUGUACUUACCUAUGGCUGGCUUUGGUUUACCUACCUUCAUGGAACUUUGUCGGUCUUUUUUUGGACAACAUGCUGAUUUCAAAUUAAAUCCAUUAGCCCCCGGGGAGACGGUUAAACAUUUUGCAGAUUGGAGAAGAAGUACUAUACUGAAAGGACACCCAGAAGAACAGCCACAUGGAUAUAUGGUUGAUUUUCCUUGUGCAAUGAAGUUGCAUGAGUCAGGGGUGAAGUUUAAGAGUGUUGAACGAGAAUGCAGACUCAAGGUAAAAUUUGAAAAGCGAAAGCAUAGAAUCCCGUGCUUUAAUCUACAUGAGUUGCAAAUACCACAUUUCUCAGUGCAUUCUCAGACCGAAUGUUUACUUAGGAACAUUUUAGCUUUUGAGCAGUGUCAUUAUCCAUCAGAUACUCGGUUUUGCAAUUAUAUAAUUUUUUUGGACUAUCUUAUUGAUACUGAAAAAGAUGUGGAUUUGCUUGUGGGAGAGGGAGUUAUCAAGAAUAAUUUGGGCAACAAUACUUUAGUAGCAAAUCUGGUUAACGAAUCUUGCAGAUCGAUGAUAACUUGA